UUGAGGAAUAUGAAGUCGGUGACAGAUUUGAAAGUUGUCUGAAUUAGUGGGGAAAAGGGACCGGUGAGAUUAUGUUAUUAAUGUUAUUAAUGUUACAAUGAACCUCACAAUUAAUUCUUAACAGAAUUUUCACAUACUUGUGCCUUCGAAAGGAUUUGAAGGCAGAAGGCGGAAAAGUAGCAGUAUAUUCAUCUGCUUUGAAAAUGACACGCUCCCUGACACAGUUGGUCAGAGACUACUUGGAGGAGCGCAGGAUUCACCGCAACCGCCUAGUGACCAAAGAUGGUCACUGCAAUAUCGAAUAUGGUCACGUGAGAUACAGCAAUCGCUUUGCCUACAUGUUAGACUUAUGGACCACCGUCUUGGAGCUUCGCUGGAGUUGGGUCAUGUUUAUAUUUACAGCUUCUUUUCUUCUCAGCUGGUUUAUCUUUUCACUUACUUGGUAUUGGGUUGCCUACAGUAACGGUGAUUUGUGGUGGCAGUACCCUCCAAAUGACCAUACUCCCUGUGUAAUUAAUGUCUACGGUUUGACCACUGCAUUCCUUUAUUCCCUAACAACACAGAUGACUAUUGGCUACAGUAUCCGAGUGAUCACUCCAUUGUGCCCAGAUGCUAUCGUCCUUCUCGUUAUACAGACUAUAAUUGGUACGAUCAUUAGAAGCUUCUGGGGCGCAAUCAUCAUUUCCAAAUUUUCCUUGCCUAAGAAAAGAGCAAAAACGAUAAGUUUCAGCGAGACGGCUGUUAUCUCUCCCAAAAAUGGAGCCCUCUGUUUGCAGCUCAGAGUAGCCAAUCUUCGCAAAACAUUGAUGGUUGGAAGUCACAUCUAUGGCAAACUGCUUAGAACAACUGUCACACCUGAAGGGGAAACUAUCAUCAUGGACCAGAUCAAGGUUGAUUUCCUAGUAGAUGCGGGCAAAGAUCAUUUGUUCUUUGCAUGCCCUUUGACCCUGUAUCAUGUUAUUGACAGGACAAGCCCAUUCUAUGAGAUGGCAGAGGAUACCCUGCAACAGCACGAAUUUGAGCUUGUAGUGUUUCUCGAUGCCACAGAUGAGUCUACAAACUUCUUUUGCCAGGUUAGAACAUCCUACAUUCCUCGAGAGAUUAUGUGGGGUUAUGAUUUUUUCCCCAUCAUAAGCCGUAGCAAGGACGGGACAUACUGUGUAGACUUUUCUGAGUUUGCUAGAGUGGUGCCUGUAUUAACACCACAUUGUGCUAAUUGCUUUAGCAAUGCGACAGCCCAUAAUUAUAACUCCAGAUACAGCAAUGAUGAGCAGGGAUUGGAUGUUAGACAAUCAUCUUUAAAUUUCCGAAAACAUUCCUAAAUACUGUAAAUCAUAAUCCUCUGAAAUGUGAAUGAACUGAGCAGAAAUUGUUUGAGUUCAUUCACUUGGUCCAAAAUACUAAAAAUUUCAAUAAUAUUCAAUGUAUCUGCAUAGUCAAUUGUGUAAAAUAAAAUAUAUGAAUGUUUUAUAAUAUAUAUAUAUAUAUAUAU